UUUUUUUUUUUUAGAAAUGGAUCCCAAACUUGUUGAGUCAAACAGCAGAGUUAACGAAGAGAAGCUGGGAGCACCUGAUGGUUGAAUCUUUGGGACAAUCCGCUCCAUGUUUCUGGCUUUUUUUUUAAACUGUCGGGAGAUAAAUCUACCUCCAAAACAAACCCAAAAACUUCCAUCUGAUCUUCCUCCUUUUUACCCAAAGAAUCAUCGAUAAGGAGACUUUGCACUUUAUUUCUAGUUUCAUUUUUAUUUGCACUAACAAUGCACAACACGCAGAAGGACACGACCUACACGAAGAUCUUUGUCGGGGGUCUUCCCUACCACACCACGGACUCCAGUCUCAGGAAAUACUUCGAGGUUUUUGGGGAGAUUGAAGAAGCGGUGGUUAUUACCGACAGGCAGACCGGCAAGUCCAGAGGUUAUGGAUUUGUCACUAUGGCGGACCGCUCCGCUGCAGACCGGGCCUGCAAGGACCCCAACCCCAUCAUCGAUGGCAGGAAGGCCAACGUCAACCUGGCAUACCUGGGGGCCAAGCCUCGCGUGAUGCAGCCAGGUUUUGCCUUCGGUGUUCCCCAGAUUCACCCGGCGUUCAUCCAGAGGCCUUAUGGUGUUGCGACCCAUUACGUGUACCCUCAGGCCUUCGUUCAGCCCAGCAUGGUCAUCCCUCACAUACAGCCCGCUGCCGCCGCGCCCGCCGCUGCUUCCUCCCCGUACAUCGACUACACCGGAGCCGCCUACGCCCAGUACUCCGCAGCAGCGGCCAGCACAGCGGCCGCCGUGGCCUACGAGCAGUAUCCUUACGCCGCCUCCCCAGCCGCCCCGGGCUACGUGGCCACCACGGGCUACGGCUUCGCUGUGCAGCAGCCUUUAGCCGCCGCCGCCCCGGGCUCAGCCGCCGCCGCAGCCGCCGCCUUCGGCCAGUACCAGGCUCAGCAGCUGCAAGCCGACCGCAUGCAAUAACACCGACUGAGAAGGAGGCGCACCUUCUCCCCAGCCACCGAUGCAUCACAGGGAGACAGGAAACAGGAAGGAGUGGCUGUCAGGGUGUCUUUAAAAGCUGAUGAUGAAGAUGAUGAUGACAAUGGUGAGGUGGAAACUUCAUUUAGUGAUUUUCCAACUUGUUGUGCUUUAACCAAAAAAGCAGAAAAGGACAAAAAAGUGCAAAUGAUUGCCUAUUAUWACUGUUAUUACUGAACUGAUUAUUAUUAUUAUCAUUGUGUUAGAGUACUUAGUUCUAGAGGAACACAGGAACUAAUCCCAACGGUUGGUGAACUGUAGGUGUUACACUAAGCCUUUAAGUCCUAUUGCUGUCUUUAACGUUAGUUCAGUUAUUUAAUGCCCUCGUAACAUUUCCAUUUUAUUUAUUGUUAUUAUUAUUAUGGUUAUCGUUGAGGGGUCUGUUAGUUAUUUUUGUCCUUUCAAGUGAAUUUUCUUUUUUUUUAAGUUAGUGUUUUCUGAUAAUCAGGGAAAUGGAGCCUUUUCAGGAAGUGUCACACACGUUUGAUAACCUUUUUUUUAUCUUCCUGAUGCUGAAUGUCCUUUUUUUUUUUUUUUUUAAA